UCCCUCGCGCUUUGGCUGCUCAGUGCAGAAGCGCUCUGUCCCGCUCUCUGUUCGGACGCCCCCCUCGCUCCCUGCUCGUGGGGCAGUCGUGGGCUGGGCAGCGGCCCCAGAUUGUCUGGGGCGGUGGCCAAUGGUCUCGUCCGGGGGCAGAUCCCGCUCCCCCGCGAGGGGCGCCACGCGUUGCUAAGUGCAGGGAUGCGCCUCAGCCAGGCGCCGUCAGCCGGGGGAAGGGGGAGGCGAGAGCUGGCGCGUGUGGGAGCGCGGAGGCCGGAGGGAGGGCGGGGAGAGGAGCGCAGAGAGAGCCGAGGGAGGCGCGCGAGGGAGCAGACACGCUCGGAUCCGGAGCCGGGCGGCUGCGGCGCCGAGAGGCAGCAGCUGCGGCCGCGCCCUUGCCCCAGCCGGUGCAAGCGCCCAGCUCCGCUGGCCGGCAGUCGUCAGGGCUCCUGAGGAUGGAGGAUUCCCGGGAGACGUCGCCGUCCUCCAACAACUCCUCGGAAGAGCUCAGCUCUGCCCUGCAGCUGUCCAAGGGCAUGUCGAUCUUCCUCGACAUACUAAGGAGAGCAGACAAAAAUGAUGAUGGAAAAUUAUCCUUUGAAGAAUUCAAAGCAUACUUUGCAGAUGGUGUUCUCAGUGGAGAAGAAUUACAUGAACUCUUCCACACCAUUGAUACACAUAAUACUAACAACCUUGACACAGAAGAACUAUGUGAAUAUUUUUCUCAGCAUUUGGGCGAGUAUGAGAAUGUCCUAGCCGCACUUGAAGACCUAAAUCUUUCCAUCCUGAAGGCAAUGAGCAAAACAAAGAAAGAGUACCAAGAAGCCUCCAAUUUGGAACAAUUUGUAACCCGAUUUUUAUUGAAGGAGACCUUGAAUCAGCUGCAGUCUCUCCAGAAUUCCCUGGAAUGUGCCAUGGAAACUACUGAGGAGCAAACCCGUCAAGAAAGGCAAGGGCCAGUCAAGCCAGAAGUCCUAUCGAUUCAGUGGCCUGGAAAACGAUCAAGCCGCAGAGUCCAGAGACAUAACAGCUUUUCCCCUAACAGCCCACAGUUCAAUGUCAGCGGUCCAGGCUUAUUAGAAGAAGACAACCAGUGGACAACUCAGAUAAAUAGACUCCAGAAAUUAAUUGAUAGACUGGAAAAGAAGGACCUCAAACUUGAACCAUUGGAAGAAGAAGUUAUUGAAGAGAAUACUAAAUCUCACAUCAUGCUCGUGCAGCGCCAGAUGUCUGUGAUAGAAGAGGAUUUGGAAGAAUUCCAACUUGCUCUGAAGCACUACGUGGAAAGCGCUUCCUCCCAAAGCGGAUGCUUGCGUAUUUCUAUACAGAAGCUUUCAAAUGAAUCUCGCUACAUGAUUUAUGAGUUCUGGGAGAAUAGUAGUGUGUGGAAUAGCCACCUUCAGACAAAUUAUAGCAAGACAUUCCAAAGAAGUAACGUGGAUUUCUUGGAAACUCCUGAACUGACAUCUACCAUGCUAGUUCCUGCUUCAUGGUGGAUCCUAAACAACAACUAGAUGUUACUAGACCUUUUCUUUAUGGUUACAAGUGCAAAAUAAGUGUUCCUAUCUAAAAUGUCAAUCAGAAAAAAUCUGUAGUUGUUAAUCUACUGUAUGCUUUUAUUUAAUAUAUUAAUAUUCACUUUAAGUGCACUCUUUUAAAAUGUAUUCUUUAUGAUUCAUGUGAAUUUUAGCUAAAUUUUCAAAGUUCAGUGUUAUUCACAAUAUUUGAUGCAAUUACUUUGCUUCAUUUUAACCAACUUAAAAACGUGUAGUGAUAAAAGCCUGAUGCGUGAGAAAAAGUGUUUGCAUAAAGGAAUGAUAUUGUGAAAAAGCAAAUCGAGUCUUUGGGAACUUUUUGAGCAUUACUUUAUAGGACAGACUUUAUAGGCUGGCUUAUACUAUAAAAAGGGUUAAAUCAGCAUUUUGUGAUUUUUUAAGUAUCAGAUUUUCUGUGAGUGAAGCUUAUUCUUCAUGAUGUCUACACUUCAUCCCCAAUUCAUGGUCCUAUGAUUAUUCUCUUUACAUUACAUAAAAAGUAGUACACAAACAUAGGACAAACUUGUUUGUAACCUAAAGAAUCUCUAUCCUAAGCUGUUUUUUUCAGAAGUGAACAAUUCUGUGAUAAGUUACAGUACCACUUAAUAAUAUAUCAUUUACUGUAUAAUGGUGAUAUAUCAACACUAUAUCAUUUUUAGCAUCUUAAUUUCCUGUAUAUAAGUUAAACAUAUCAAGAGAAAAAAAAAGAGACAGAUUUACUUUGGGGAAAUCUAAUUCAAAUUUGAUGACCUAUGAUUGGUGUGUAACCCAAAGAGCCAACUUUUCUUAUAAAAAACAGAUAUUUGCAUUUAAAUAAGGAUUUCAAAAUACUUUAAAAAGGAAAUUUUAACACAAAUGAAAUACUUUAAAAAGGAAAUUUGAACCCAAAUGAAAAAAUAAUAGAGGGAGAUAUAAAACAAGAAUAACUUUAGGGAAGUCAUAAAAUAGUAGGGAAAAUACUGGACAGAAGACAACUGUUUUCCAGUUUAAAUACCAGGUGUACCUUAUAAAGUCUGUUCUACAAGCUCAGAAAUUAAAUAUUCUUAAAAAUAAAAAUCUCUUCUGAUUAUAAACCCUGCUAAUUAAAAUGAAUAAGAAUACAAUACAUGUAAAAAUAUUUGUAUUAUUAACUAUGUAUUCUCCAGACCAAAUUUCUUUGAAACCACAAGUCUUUAGGGGAAAAACUGUAAGGUAAAAUUUUCCUGUUUUUUCAUUGCUAGAAAACUCAGGAAAAGGGGAAGGUUGAACUAAAAUUUUAUUUCUUAAAUACAAAAUUAGACCUAAAAUAUUUUCUCAAAUUUAUGAAACAUCAAAUCUGAAUCAUACAUUUGUUUAUUCAGUCCUCAUUCAGGCUGAAUAAUUUUUUCAUAAUUUCUAUUAGAAAUAAGUAGUGAAUUUUGACAUACAUGUGUGCAUGUGUAUGUCUCUGGUCAACCCUGAGCACAAGCACUAUGAAACAACACCUGGCUCAACUCUCUUAAUUUAUAUACAAAGCAAAGAAGCACAUUAAUGGAGAUGUACAAUGAUUAUUUAAACAAGCUAUAGAUAUGUAAAAAGACAAUAGAAAACUAUCUUUGUUGUCUCUCUCUGAUUGUAUACAUUAAGAAAGGAUCAAAAGUCUUUGAAACCUGAGGGUCUUUUGACAUCCAAACGUUGGUUGUAAAUAGUUUCAUAAAUACAAAUUAUAGCCAAUCAAAACAUUGCUUUGGUUGGUCUACUUCAGUGUCCAAUUCAAAAAAUCUUUUGGCAAUAGGUAGUUUCCAAAAUAGUACGGUACUUGUGAUGUUAAAGAAGUUCCGCCCUCAGUACUAGUGCUAAGUGGAAGGGCUCCUUAGAUUCUAAACUGGUAUAAGUUCUAUCAUAUUUCUCAAAUUAGAAUUAAAAAGACUUGAGCAUAGGCAAAUAAUAAAGCAAACCAAUUUAAUUAUAUGGCAAUUCUGACCCCAGCUCUUAUAUAAAUUAUCCAUUUUUGUGUAUGUUUGUCGAGAGUUGCGUGUAUGAAUGUGUGUGUAUUCACAUACAUAUACUACAUAUAUUACUAGAACCUAGGGUAUGAAAGGAAAAUAGUAGGGCACAAAACAAACGAAAAUAUAUAUACUGGUCCCUAUAUAUAUUUAAGUAAGCAAUAUAUUUAUGGUUAAUGUAGAUUUUUUCCUAUUUAAAAAACAAUCCAUUUUCCUGGGGAACAAAGUAAUGAAAAAGAGGAUACUUCAAAGGCCAAGAUAGGAAAUAAAUGUACCAUGACCUAAAAGCAUGAACCUGAGUUAAUAAGCCAAAAAACCAAUGAAGAAAAAGGUAUUAAUUUUAGGAAUUCACAAUUCAGUGAAACAAACUUUCUGACAAAUGAUGGCCUUGAAUGUCUGCCAGUAGACCCAGAAAUCUGAGAAAUUAAAAGAGAGAGUUUACACUUACCUUUAUAUCAGCAAUUUUUUUUUCAUGCUAUGCUGGAAGAAACCUUUUUUUUCCUUCUUAUAAGAGUAACCAGAGUGAAAAAAUUACAAGAGAUUUACUAUAUAAAAUUUCUUGGAAUUAAAAAGUUUAAACCCCCAAAUUCUUGAUCCAUAUAUGUUCUGGUUAUAAAAAUUAUAGAACUGAAACUUAAUGCAAUUAUUUCAAAAUGCCUAAUUUUUUCCUUUUUGGGAAAUAAAAAUACCACUUUUAUUUUGCCACUACUCAACUUCUGUUUGUAUGGUCUGAUUAAUGACAUAAGUAGCAGUUAUUUUUCAACUUCAGUUCCAUUACUACAUUGUUUCCAAAUUGUCAAUCUCUGCUAUUAAUUAUGAGUCUUGACAAUGUUAUGAUCAAAAACCCAGAGACCAGUCAUACAGUUGAAA